CCUUGAUGAGGAAGACUCUUCCCUAGCCUUAGGGCAGCACUUGCAAAAUCUCAAAUUUGUGUAGAAACCAGGCGGUGUUACAGGCCGAGGCAGUGGUGGUCCUGUGGUGGUUUCAAAGGUGCACAACUCGUAAGCAGUCCCAUCGUUGAUGGGGCAGUCAAGGGUGCUGCUGCAGAAAUAGUGGCAAAAAGAAUUUUCUGGAGACUGCUGACGGGGUUGAGAGCUGAUUUAACGGGAGUCAUGGGAGGGAACGGCUCCGAUGGCCGCUUCAAGAGCGCAAUGGACAAGCUUUUGCAGCUCGAGGCGCUGACGUCACGCGCCGCCAGUUCGGCAAUCGCCCCUCGUCGAACCCCUGCAAAACCGGGCGCCGGCCGGGACUUCCACUCGGAACAAAGCCUGUCAGCAGGAACCCCAACUUCCUUUGUCCCUGUCUGUCGGCCCUGGGAAAGGGCGGACUUGCUGCGCCGCCUUGCAACUUUCAAGUCUAGUACGUGGUUUGGGAAACCUCCGGCUGCCGGCCCUGUGGCCUGUGCUCGGAGGGGAUGGGUCAACAUCGAGAGCGACCUCCUUGCAUGCGAGGGUUGCGGAGCACAGCUGAGUUUUGUAGUCCCUCCGACCUGGUCUCGCCAGCAAGCAAACAAGGCCGCAGAAGACUUUGCCAAGAAGCUAGAGGCCGCGCACCGGGAGCUGUGCGCAUGGCAGGGCAAUACGUGCCCUGAGGCGCUCGUGCAGUUUCCGCCCACAACUAGUUCCACCCUCCAGGCUGCCUUCAGCGAGCGGUGCGAGAGGUUGAUGGAGCUCCCAGGGCUGCCUGUUGUGGCCAAAGAAGCGCUUGAGACAAUGCGGGCAUCUCGAGGUCCACAGGUCACGAAGUUGCUGGAGCAAGGGCCCUCUUCCCCACUGAAAGACCUUGAGACGAGCCCAGGUCCGGGGGCGGGUAGCGCUUUGCAGAGCCAAUAUCUCGAGUCCCUACGCCUGAUUGCCAUUUGUGGCUGGGAGCCCCGUCUACUUCCCGCCAGCAUCCUUCCCCCCUUCUCGCACCCCACAACGCCUCCCCUCGGGCUGCUCCCCGCAACCCCCCAAAGCCAAACGCCGUCGCUCACUUCAGUCGUCCUAGACUGCGGUCUCUGUGGAGCGAGCGUCGGGCUGUGGAGCUUCUCGUCAGUAGAGAGGCCUCAAACGGGCCCCGUCUUCAGCCCGGGCCCGGCGGUCGCCGAAAUAGACGAGGAGGGGCUGGCGCUGCAGAUAGAGGAGCAGCCGACUCGGAGCACAGCACACAGGCCGUCGAAGGAAGAGAAGGAGCAGCCCACUCAGAGCACCGGUCACAACGGGGCUGACAGGCCCGAGCCCGCGCGAGCUGAGAACCCUGGGCGUCCCGUUCGCAGUUUAUGGGGCCCCGAGAAGCGCACCCAAGACGAGGCAGACAGCAAGCAGGCGGGUAGCAUGCUGGCGCCUAGUGGGCGCAAGGGCAAGGGCUUACCGCCAGCUAGGCAGCAGCCGAAGAGAGAGGGGGGGGCAGGGAAGGGGGAAAAGAACAAGAGCAGGAAGGGCAAAGAAAAGGAGCUCGCGGUUGAUGAGAAAGGUCCUGCUACCGGGGGGGCGUCAAAAGUGGAAAGGAAGGGAGCAGACGGAAUGGACGCAAAGCGAGCUCAGCAGGUCGGCGCUAAUACUGAUGAGAUUCCUGGCAAGGGGGCUACCGAUGUGAAGAAGCCCCGUUCUGGGCUAGUCAAGGCUCCUGUCCCUUCCCCGGGGCCGAUUGACAUCGUCGACCUCUCGCCGACCCGGCUGCUGCCACUUGGCGCCCCCACACUUGCCGACAUGGCGUGGAGCACCAUAGCGGGAGGAACCACCGCCGCGGCCCUCGGUGAACAAGUUCCGGAGGAGAGCGGGCCGUUUGGACGGACGCCGCCGAAUCCUAAACCAGACUCAAGCAGCAAACCUGAGCAGAUUCCGAGCGACGGCGCCAUGGGGGGCGACUCGAAAAGUGAUGGAAACGACAACCACGGCCAGGGGGGCGGGCGGACAGUGGUUGCGAGCAGCGCUCGACCACCUCGAAGCCCGAUCGUAGACUUGAACCUCACAAUCGCCGGAGGACCUCCCCCCACCGCUGUCGGCGAGCUUGCGAUUCCAGUGUUUGGGCCGGGGGCCAUUCUCCAGGCCCCAAUCUUUGGCCUGGCAAAGGACCCCCCCGUUCAGGCGGCGAGCUUCGAGUCCCGGGGGGCUCCCGCGCCCCCCCCUGCGGCAAUCACUCCAGACAGCCGGCAGAACACUGCGCAAGGGUUCAGCCAGGGGAUAAGCCACGACGGGAAAUUGUCUCACUUCAGCCCCCAGAUUGCGGGGGGCAGCACGGUGACCACCCCCCAUAACCGCACGCUCAAGCGCAAACCCGCAGACAGCGCCGAAGGCAUGGUUUUGGAAAACGACGGGGGGGACGAUGAGAUGGAGGUAGAAGGGGGGGGCCGGCCGGCGAUUCCCGCGCAUCUGAUGGUCAGGGGGAGUUCCCGGUUCUCGAGGCCCGCGGAUCGGGAGGCGAGGCCUCAGGAGACUGCGGGGGUGGAGAGUGUGAAUGUGGACGCUGGGGGGUCAGUGGAGGCGCGGGGGGCGCCAGACGACCGGGCGGCAAGGGAGGCGUCGGUGUCGGGAAUGGCGGGUGACCGUGCGGGUUCGGUGGACACCCGGUACCGGCGCCCCGCCAGUCGUGAAGUGGAGGGCGAGCCGUCCGUUGACGUCAUGGACAGCGCAGGUGGGACGUCAGCGGCGGUGGUCGAGGAAGUCGAGGAGGUCAUGGGGGCGCCUCGGGCCGCCAAGAGACGGCGCAUCGCUGACGGGCCGUGGAGGGGGGGGCAGGUGGGCCGCUUGGCUGCGGAGGGCAGUCCCGGCGAGGGCGACUUCCCUCGCACCUCGUCUGUGAACGCGACCGCAACCAACCACGACGAGCAACCGGAAACGAGCACCGAGAGCGUCCGCAACAUGCCGCGCGCGGACAGCCAAGAAGCGGUCCGAGAGGAAGACGAGCGCGCACCCAACGACGACGAAGCGACAACCCAACCCCCCCCGAUUUUGAAUUUGGACGUCUCCCCUGGCGGGGGGCAGGAAAUGCAGCAAAUCGCGGCCCCCCAGCCGGCGCGCAGCGCGAGCGACCAGGUCGGGAGGUUCGGGUUUGGGAACGGGUUUCUGAACGCUGACCCCGGGUUUGGGUUCCAGGGUUUCGGGGCAUUGCCAGAGGAAGGGGUGGUGAGCACGGGGCCGGGGGUUGCGAUUAGUGCGGGAAUGGGGGAGGGGGAAAGUGAAGAAAGGGGCGCGAUGGGAAGCGAGGGGCUUGGUGCGGGGGGUUCAACAGGAAAGGAUGCACCGCCCAGUUUGGAACCGAGUCUAGGGGGAAGUACGAGGGCCGGGUACGGAAGACUAGGCUCGAUUGGUCCGGGGGUUGCUCAUAGCUUUGCCGGAGAGGCGGGGUAUGACACAGAGGAAGCGACGGCGGUGGGCGUGGCGCGGCCCUGGAGCGGUGUGAACACGCCCCGGGGGAGGGGCCCACAGGAGCCGCAGCUGGAGCAGUCGAUUAUUCACACCCCGGUGAGGGGGCUCAUUGUGGGGGGGAACAUGAGCAGCGGGUCAGAGGGGAGCAAGAAAGAGAGCCGGGGGUUUGCACUGGAUAAUGACACGCCUCGCACGGCCGGGGGGGGUGGAAGGACGUUUACAAACGGCACCGCAGAGGCCGAAGUCCGGGGAGGGGACGAGGAGGAACUCGCUGACGCAGAGGGGGGGAUGGCCCCCCAGGACAUUGCACCCCCUGUUUUUGUGGAGCCGCAUGUGCCGACCCCCCCAGGCCCGUCUCUCCGCCUGCCGUCCCUGGUUGCUUCUCCUGGGGGGCUGACGCACCCUGCUGAAUUUGACCCCCUGCGGCAGCACCGGCACUUUUGUCCGUGGGUGAAUGCUCACCCGGGGGGCAGGACGACGGAUGCGGUGCCAACGGGGUGGCAACGGUGCCUGGAAGCGGUAACGGCUGAUCGGGCGGAGGCGCGGCCGGCGAUCUCAAGCAGGCAGGAUAACGAGAGCAGCGGGAGCUUUGCGCGGGUGGACUACGGCACUUCAGCGGCCAGCCUCCUGCGAGCAGCUUUGACAAGGCGCCCGAGCCUUGACGAGUCACGGAUGUAAAACCGAGAAGGCACUUCAGUCUUGCGAUAAAGUCGAGCACACGAUUGCACGGUGUCUCUAAGGAUGCAUAAUGAAGCAAGAGAGGAAAAGUCUCCAUAGCGUUUGCGCUCAUCACUACGUCGUUUCACCACAACCCUCAAACAUUUCUGCCUUGUCAGGCUACGUGGCAGUCCCGAUAAAGUUCCUGUAUACCUGUUUGACGCAGACAGUGUCCUGCUGAGUCACUGACUGUCGUUUGUCGUUCAAAGAUUGCCCCCUCAUUGGGUAGACGCAGAAACAUACUGUUGCAGAAUCAUACUGCAGAGCUUGGCUUUCCGGCCAGUCUUUAUGGCCAAUCCCAGAGUAAAACCCAUCAGCCAUCUUUUGGCGAUGAUAGACAUCAAGAUUUGCAGCUUAUUGGUGCUGACAUUUAUUAGUGCGAUCUGGGCAUGCAUGCCCGGUGGCGUGCCAG